AUGCACCUACGCUCGAGUUUCUCGCUAACAGUCGGUCGAUCCAAAGGGCCUCGUCUGACCUUGGAGGUCGAGGUCAUCUACGAGCAAUUCCUUGCUUCUGGAACGCCGUCUGGUAUCGGUUUCGAGGGAGGGUUUGUUGUCGACGACACGGACGAAUAUGCCGUGGCUUUCAAUAUCGGCACCAAUCCGAAGGAGUCGCUCGUCAAGCUCAAGGCGGCAUGUCUCGAGUCGGGCCAGGUGAUCAACCUGAUAAACGCGGCCGCCGACCUCGAGAUUGAAAACCCCAAGCACGAGAUGAUUCGCUUCCAGGACGUCAACGUCUACGCCAGCCCGCUCGGGUGCAUUAUCGGAACCCAGGCGUACCCGCCGGGCUUCGCGGUCCAGGGCAAGGCCUUCAUAUUCGGGAACAAGGUCGAGAUUGACGCUCGCAUCGGGAGCGAGGGCAUGAAGCUCAAGGGCGAGAUCGACGGCUUCGAGCUUGGCCCCCUUGCCGUCCGGGGCGGGAAGCGUGCCGACGGUACGAGGGGAGAAAAGGCACUCAUCGACUUUGAGAUCACCAAGGAGAGGCAGUGCUUCGAGGUCAGCGGAAGCGUCAUUCUCUUCGAUCUCGAGGCGUCCGUCUUCGUCAAGGCCCAGGUCAUGCCGGAACCUGAUCUCGAGUUCAACUUUGAGCUGUCGUGGAGCGACUUGCUCAGGUUCCAGGUGGACGGAAAGCUCAUCAAGUCGGCCAGUGAAGGCAAAGAGGUCGAGGCUGGCGGCGGCGUAUUGUCGAAACUGAAAGAUGCCGACUUCCAAGUCCACGCGCUGAUGGAGCAGCGCAUCCUCAGCGAAAUCUCGGAAGCCAUGCGAAAGUGGUUCGCAAGCGCCCAGGCGUCGGUCCACGAAGGUAUCGAUGCGGCAAAGCGCAAGGUGGACGAGGCCAAGGCCGAGUUUGAGCGCAAAUGCGAGGUGGCCAAGCAAGAGGUGCAAAAGACGCGGAUCAAGUUCGACGCGGCUAUGGAGAGAGCGCAAGGCAGCCUUCGAGAAAAAGAAGAAAAUUGCCGCCAGGAGCGUCUGGCAAACGAGCGCUACAUCGUGGAGGAAGAGAAGCGGGCCGAUGAGAAGAUCCGUGUUGCCGUCGCUGAUCUGGACGCGAAGAAGAAGGCCUUUGAGGAGGACACGGAAGAAAAGAAGCGCAACCUGAACCAGAAGCGGCGUGACGGCGACGAGGCAAUCAACUCCAAGAUCCGCGAGCUCCAGGGCGUGCGCGAGACCCUGCAGCGAAAGUUUGGCAAUGCUAUUCAGGCGCUGGAGAGCGCCAAGGCACGGGUGUGGGCCGAGCAGGGUGAGUACCUCCAUUCUCUUCGUUGUUGGUAUUCUCUACCCAACCUAACAUGUUCUCCAGCGCGCGUGGACCGGGCCCAACGGGACGUGGACGAGGCCGUCGACGAACUCGACGAUGCUGCAUGGUACGAGAAGCCAUUCUUGGUAAGUCCCAUCGACAGCAGGAUCGAACUCCCUGUUCCAACAUCAAGUAGUCUAACGGAUCUCUUCGCAGGCAUGCCGCGUUGCGGUGCGGAAAGCCGAGUAUUUCAUCAUCAAGGCAGCGCUAGGCGCAGCUUCGCUCAUCCUCGACGCCGCACGGUUCAUCGUCGAAGGUGUCGCGUACAAUAUCGCCCUCGGAGCCGUCAGCCUUGCUGA